CGUAAAACCAGUUGGCGGAUUCCACCAAUGCUCUUUCUUGUCAACUAGCUCGAUUCCGAUUCGACGACCAAAACCACAAUUCAGUACCGUUCCUUCUCCCAAUUCCUUAAUUCAAAACACCGAAUCAUCUCCAAUCCAGUGCGAUCUCUCCUCCGCCGAAUUCCGAUCCCUCGCUAGCUCUUCAGACCAAUUCCAUUUGUAGCCGUUGCCGCCUCCUCCGCCGCCGGGGUUCUUGGUCGCAGCAUCGCCAUGAGUUUCAUCUUCGGCAAGAGGAAAACUCCCGCAGAGCUUCUGCGGGAGAACAAGCGGAUGCUGGACAAGUCGAUUCGGGAGAUUGAGAGGGAAAGACAAGGUCUGCAAACCCAAGAGAAGAAGCUGAUUGCAGAGAUCAAGAAGAACGCUAAGCAGGGCCAAAUGGGUGCUGUCAAGAUAAUGGCGAAGGACCUUAUUCGGACGAGACAUCAGAUUGAAAAAUUCUAUAAGCUCAAGUCACAGCUCCAGGGUGUAUCUUUGAGAAUUCAGACAUUGAAAUCGACACAAGCUAUGGGAGAAGCCAUGAAAGGUGUGACAAAGGCUAUGGGCCAGAUGAAUAAGCAGAUGAACUUGCCAGCCUUACAGAAAAUUAUGAUGGAAUUCGAGCGACAGAAUGAGAGGAUGGAAAUGGUGAGCGAGGUCAUGGCAGAUGCGAUGGACGAUGCAUUGGGAGAAGAUGACGAGGAAGAGGAAACAGAAGCGCUCGUCAGCCAGGUUCUAGAUGAGAUUGGAAUCAACAUCAACCAAGAGCUCGUGAAUGCACCAUCUUCGGCUGUAGCUGCACCAGCAACAAAGGGUAAGGUUGCGCAGGUAGAAUCAGCAGCAGCGGGGGAAGACAGUGGGAUAGAUAUUGAUCUGCAGGCUAGGUUAGACAACUUGAGGAAGAUGUAACCAUUUUUGUGGUGGUAUUCUCGUUAUGCCCCCUUUUGUAUUUCUUGUAAUAUAUCGAUUAUAGCUUUUGUGUGACAAGUGCUUUACAUUUGAGUCAUGUAAUAUACGUAUCAUUUGACAUCUAGGGUUGGCAACGACUUGAGUGUGGUUUCCCUAUAUACCAUUCCGAACAGGGACGUAAAAUGACAUGCCAAAUAUAUAACUAUAAGUGUGCAGUUUGGGAAAUCUCAGCCAUCUCAUUCCGGAU